AAAUGAAAGAACAAUGAACAAUUCAAACAUCGUAAUAAAAUCAACCAUGAAUGGGCGGUUUCACUUCCUUCAGUCUUCACAAUACACGUCUUAUUCACUGUAUGGUUCUCUGUGUAGGCAAUUGUUCAUUGUAUGACAUCACAAGGGUUGGUCUUUUGUCGAUUCAGGUAGUUAGAGGAACGUGCAUUAACGCCCUGGACCAGACGUAGUAGCCUGGGGCGGUGAGAAAGGUGUGGACGCGGUCAUAAUUUCACCAUAGGUUUAGCCUCUGACGUAACGAAAGAAAAACACACCUACAUUUGUCAGGGGGAGAGUUUUGACGGUACUGAAAUCACAAGUGUAGGAUUAGGAUACCGUAAACUAACAUAUAUCACAGUCAAAUCCAAGUUAUCGGUUAAAGUUCAGUUGAAUGCCGAGAGACGCUUUGAACAUAAUGGACACUCAUGUGAAAGCAGGACAAGUUUACCUUCAACACAGAAAUGUAGGAAAGAAGUGGAAGCAGCAUUGGCUGACUCUCUACCCCUCCAGCCGCUGCGGUGUAGCCAGGCUAGAGCGCCAGGAAGUGGGGGGAGGAGAGCGGGCCGGUCCCUCUGGGGUCUGGAAGCACCAGGACAAAGUUAAGGAGAAGAGGGUGAUCCGCCUGUCAGAGGUCAACCUUACUGCUGUACUUGUCUUCCUUACUAGCACUGACUUUGAUUAGCUGCAUUAUUGAGGAUUUAUUUUUUACUGGCACUGACUGUUAUACAGUAUGUGGUUGUCUUACCUAACUUAGUUGAAUGCACUAUAAUUGGCUCAGGAUAUGGACAAGCCUAAGGCCCUGCGAGAAACUAGCGUCCUGUCCAGAGGGCAUACUUUUACAUCAAACUGGCUCAUGCUACAGAAACAAGAGAUAGGCCCCUGCUCCUAUGAGCUGUUAGAUCGGGGUGAUCAGGGUCCUGAGGCUGCCCCCACACGCUGAGGCCUGCCCCAAAGACAACAUGGCCGCCUUCUGUGUGGAGACCGACGGCAGGAGGUACGUCUUCGCAGCGGAUAAGGACGACUGCGUGGAGUGGGUGGAGAGGAUGUGUGACCUCGCCUUCCAGGGAGGCUCCACUGGUCAGCAGCCGCAAAUUCAGAUGGAGGACAACCAGAUCUACGUCUCCAGGGAGGAAGUUAGUGAGUUCAGGGUGGGUGUGAAGCAGACGGAUGUAGCGAUGCGCUGCGGCCUCCAGGGGGAGUACUAUUGGCUGCAAGUGGCCCAGGAGGGGUUGGUCCUUAAGGAGGCGGAGACCAGGAAGAGUUUGCAGGACUGGCCCUAUCGGCUGAUACGACGCUAUGGCAGAGACAAGUUGACGUUCAACAUCGAGGCGGGCCGGCGCUGUGACUCUGGACCCGGAACCUUCACCUUUGAGACGUGCCAAGCUGACGACAUCUUCAGCCUCAUCGAGGCCGCCAUACGGGAACAGAAGGCCGUCGCCGGGGACGAAUGUGAGGGCGACACUGUGGUUGCUAACCAUAGCCCUAAUAUGCCUCGUGCUCGUUCCCCACUGCCCAAACUGCCAGAUAGUGCAACCAUUUUGGAGGGCAGCUACAGUUUUAAACCAGUAUUUUCAAAUGCUAUUGGCUCAGAGCAGUGUUUGUACUCACAGCCGCCUAAUUUGAUUGGCUCUGAGGAGUGUCCGUACUCUGAGCCAGCAGACAGUAUUAAACCCAAAGCCCCCAGCCUCAACUCCUAUCUGACGCCCCCAACAGCCUCCACCCUCACCCCCUCUAUCCCUCUACACCCCCGCAAUCACCAUGUCAACCGAACGGAACCAGUGUACGCCGACCCAGCAGACAUCCUCUCACUCACACCCCUGAGAUCUACACCACCACCACCACCACCACCACCACCACCCCCGCCCACUUCCUCUUCCUGCUCUUAUCACCACGACAACAAGCCAGAGCCGGUCUACUCCGAGGUGUACGACCGUGCGAGUCCUCUACCUGAUAAGACUCAACAACAGAAACAGAGCCGGGACCAGCGGGGGCAGGAACCUGGCAAAGAGGAACCCAUCUAUAGUGAGCCUUGUGUGGGGACCCCAGCCAAGGGCCCCAACACUGACCCGUUCGCCCACCUUUACAGCCAGGUCUGCAAGCCAGGCUCUUCAUCACCAUCAUCAUCAUCCCCCCCCUUCCUCACUGGCCUCCUCUUCCUCCUCAUCAUCAUCGUCGUUGACCAUUACCAGGACCUUGGCUACCAGGAGGCCCACUGCUGGACGCCAGUCACCAGAGGUCAUCUAUGAAAACAUGGGGUUCAUUUAGGAUCCUCUGUUGUGUCUGAAAUGGCCCUUUAAGGUUCACUACUUCUGAUCUGCGCCCAGAAGGAGAUAUUCAGACCAAUACACACAAAUUCACUCAUUUCACAAUGUUAUUGUCUACUUACUUUAUUUAUUGAACUUGUUUUCACAUACAGAAUCAUUGUUUUUUCUUAUGAUGUAAUACCUUUUGUAUAACGUGUUAUGAAUAUCAAUAUUGCACACCAGUGUAAUGGACAUGGGAGAGGGAGAAAAGAGCCACAGAGAUCUUCCUUAAGUCUGUCAGUGGUCGAUGUAAAUGUUUUCAAACAGUGUUAGCCGCCGCCUCCUCCCCAACAGAAACCAAUGACUCCCGCCAGUCUCACAUCCUUUUCCUUAUUUACUUUGUUUUACUGAUGUGAUUCAAUAAAACAAUAAUGGGUGUGUAUCCAGUAACUCUC